AUGUGCACUGUGCGGGGAGAGAUUUCAGUUUUUAUUCUAUGGCAGGCUUUUUAAUAAUGGGACAUGUGUGAUCCGCUGUGAUCCUGGGAAGUAUGAAAGGGAUGGACAGUGUCAUCUUUGCCACCACACAUGCCUCGAAUGUACUGACGGGGCGCCUGACAAAUGUACUCGCUGUAGCAAAGAUAGAUUCGGAGUGGAGCGGUACCUCUUUGAAGGGGAGUGUCGUGAAAGCUGUCCAAAGGGCUAUUCCCAUUCCUCGAAGGGAACAUGUGACCCCUGCCCUCCAAAUUGCACUGUGUGUACUUCAUCAGGUCAUUGUCUCCACUGCACCCCGUCCUACUACCCCAAAGACGGGACGUGUGCCAAACUGGAGUGUGGAGUGGGUGAAGUAGUCGACCUUGAUCAUGAAGACUGUGUACCCUGUGAGGAGGGCUGUCAGCAUUGCCUUACCGUGAAUCCAGAGCAUUGCAUGGCUUGUUCACCGGACUAUUAUCAGCUGAAAUUGAGCUGUCACAAGAUCUGCCCUGAGAGGACAUUUGAGGACAAGUUGUCAAUGAGGUGUGCUCGAUGUGAUGAUCACUGCGAGUCCUGCGAUGCCUCUGAAUGUUACCUGUGUGAGGAAGGCUUCUUCCUGUCAGAUGGCACAUGUGUAAAAACCUGUAAGGAGGGUUUCUAUGGUGACAUGAAGCAGGAGUGCGAGCCGUGUCACCACACGUGCCGAUCAUGUGGCGGUCCGGACAAUAACGACUGUGAUUCCUGUGAAGAUGACAUGUUUCUAGACAAGGGUCAGUGCAUCCGCAAGAGCAAGAUGAAGUGUCCUGACGGAAAAUUCCUAAACGGUAAGGGUGAGUGUGAGCAGUGUGAUUCCUCCUGUAGGAUGUGUUCAGGGCACGGGGAACACCAGUGUGAUUCCUGUCAGGAAGGCAUGUUUCUCAGCAACAGCCAGAGGUGUGUGUCCGUUUGUCCACGUGAGACUCAUGGGAACCAGACGAGUGGGCGCUGUGAAGACUGUUCAGCAGGCUGUUUGACGUGUCAGGACGCACAUCACUGUGUGAAAUGCAAAGAAAGCUUUGGUCCGCUCUACUUGCAGGAUGGCAAAUGUGUUGCUGAGUGUAAAAGGGGUUACCCAGAGGCUGAUGUUUGUCUCAGCUGUGCCGUGGGAUGUGCUUCAUGUGAGGGGGAAGCCAAUUUUUGUCUGAGCUGUGAGGAAGACUAUGUGCGUUUCAAACACACCUGUGUGCAUCAGUGCCCUUCCAAGCACUUUAUAAAAGAUGGAGUAUGUGAGAUCUGUCCAAAUGGUUGCGCUGCAUGUGACCAAACGGGCAAAUGCAGUGCGUGUGAAGAGUACUACUUCCUGCAUGAGGAUCAGUGUCUGGGUGACUGUCCCAAGCGGUACUUCACAAACGUAGAGCAGAAGCUGUGUACGCCGUGUCACAGUGACUGUGCAGAAUGUGAUGGACCUGAUGAAGAUGAUUGCACCUCCUGUGGGCAUUAUGGAGAUGUUCGUCACAACGGAAAGUGUCUGUUCCAAUGCCCGCCAGAAACGUACCUGGACGGAGCAGAGUGUCGAGAGUGUGAUAAGUCCUGCCUGACGUGCUCGGGUCCUCAUCCGUCCUCCUGCCUCACCUGUAGAGCCAGCAUGAGGAAGGAUGUGAAUGGCCACUGCCAGUUCUUCAGUGACUGCUCUCUGCACACGUUCACCGAUAAGGACAGCCAGUGCAAGCCCUGUCACAAGAGCUGUCUCCGCUGCUCGGGCACAAGCAAAGAGCAAUGCCUCAGCUGCAACCCCAAACACUUCCUGCUCAAGCAGACGUGUGUGUCCACGUGUCCGGAUGGUUACUAUGUGGACGAGGCCAAGCAGGAGUGUGUUCAGUGCCACGUGAACUGUGCGUCAUGCCAUGGACAUCACAGUAAUGACUGUACAACCUGUAAACCAGGCCUGCUUCUGCUCGGACACAGCUGCUUCACCACCUGUCCACCAAGUUACUUUGUGAACGCCACCAGCAGAGCAUGUCAAGGGUGUGACCACACAUGUGAGGAAUGCUCAGGAAGCAGCCGUUUCUGUCUCAAAUGUAGAAAUGGAUACUUCCUGUUGAGAAAGUCCGGACAGUGUCUGCGUACAUGCCCAUCAAACUACUUCCUUCACACCUUCGACGGAGAUUGCCAAAGAUGCCACCCAACCUGUAAAACAUGCAUGGGCUCUGGUGCGAUCUCCUGUACAUCAUGUUACGACGGCUUCAAAAUGUUUGGAGGAAUCUGCUCAUCUAUGUGUCUAAUUGGGGAAUAUCCCAUCGUUGAGAAUAACUCAUGUGCGACAUGUGACCCGUCCUGUGAUGAAUGUAAAGGCCCGGGACCCUACAGCUGCACCUCGUGCCCUGUUCUACAGCGCCUCACAGAGGAUGGGAGGUGUCUUCUCUGCUGUGGAGAAAACACACGCGGAGAUUCCUCAAGAUUCCCCUCGGAAUGCUGCCAGUGCCACGCACUGAAUGAUGAAUGCAUUGUCGCGCUGAGCUACAACCUCUUCAGCAACAAUCCAGUGACUUCGGUUUAUCCUGGCCUUUUUGUUUUCACGGCCAUAUUUGUGCUGGUGAGCUUAUGGCUUGCCAUUUUUCUCUUCCUGCAUUUUCGGCAGAAGAUCACAUCAAAGCCCAUCGUCAAAUUGAACGGCUACACCAAAAUCACAGAUGCCCCCUUCACCUCUGCGACCCUGAGUGACAGCAUGCAGAUGGAUUAUUGCGAUAAAGAAGUGGGCCAAGAGGAGGAUGAGGAGGAGGAUGAGGACAUUGUUUACAUGGGGAGGGAUGGGAUAGUGUAUCGAAAGUUUAAAUACAGCCUGUUGGAGGGGGAUGAGGAAGGGGAGGAGGUGGAGGUGGAGCUGGAAUAUGAUGAUACGUAUACUCUCACAUAAAACAUAAAAAGCCUGUUUAUUUUCUUUGAUAUGUGCAUAUAAUUACGUUAUUAACAUUUUGACAUGCAGAAACCCACUAAUCUUCACCAAUCAACAAUUAAAGAAAUGGUUCAUCCAAAUAUCAUGAUUUUGUCAUCAUUUACUAACCAUGAUGUUGUUCUAAACCCUAAUGGCAUUAUUUCUUCUA